CGGCUGUCACGUGACCCGCCUCGGCGGGUGCCGGAAGCGCGAGGGGAGUUCCGGGAAGCGCCGAGCCGGGGACCCGGAGUGUGGCAGAGAGUUGGGACUCUUGCCUUGCCUGCUUACGGUUUAAUGGCGCACAUCACCAUAAAUCAGUAUUUGCAGCAAGUACAAGAAGCCAUUGACAGCAGAGAUGGACAAUUUUGUGCGGAAUUAGUAUCAUUUAAACAUCCACAUGUAGCAAACCCAAGACUACAGCUUCCAUCUCCAGAGGAGAAGUGUCAACAAGUUUUGGAGCCACCAUACGAUGAAAUGUUUUCAGCCCACUUAAGGUGUACUUAUGCUGUUGGAAACCAUGAUUUUAUAGAAGCAUACAAAUGCCAGACAGUUAUUGUCCAAUCUUUCCUGCGAGCAUUUCAGGCACAUAAAGAAGAAAAUUGGGCCUUACCUAUUAUGUAUGCUGUAGCCCUUGAUCUUCGAAUUUUUGCUAAUAAUGCAGAUCAACAGCUUGUGAAGAAAGGGAAAAGCAAGGUUGGUGACAUGUUGGAAAAAGCAGCAGAACUACUGAUGAGCUGUUUUCGAGUCUGUGCCAGUGACACUCGAGCAGGCAUUGAAGACUCCAAAAAGUGGGGCAUGUUGUUUCUUGUUAAUCAGCUGUUUAAAAUUUAUUUUAAGAUCAACAAACUCCAUCUAUGUAAGCCCUUAAUUAGAGCAAUUGACAGCUCAAAUCUGAAGGACGAAUAUAGUAUGGCACAGCGAGUUACAUACAAAUAUUAUGUUGGACGCAAAGCCAUGUUUGACAGUGACUUUAAGCAAGCUGAAGAGUAUCUGUCAUUUGCCUUUGAGCACUGUCACCGAUCAAGCCAGAAGAAUAAAAGAAUGAUUUUGAUCUACCUGCUGCCAGUAAAAAUGUUGUUGGGCCAUAUGCCAACAGUUCAGCUCUUAAAAAAGUAUGACCUUAUGCAGUUUGCUGAAGUAACAAAGUCUGUGAGUGAAGGCAAUCUUCUCCUACUGAAUGAUGCUCUGACAAAGCAUGAGACCUUCUUUAUUCGAUGUGGAAUCUUUCUUAUCCUUGAGAAGCUGAAAAUCAUCACAUACAGAAAUCUCUUUAAGAAAGUAUAUUUACUACUCAAAACCCAUCAGCUAUCUCUAGAUGCCUUUCUGAUUGCCCUGAAGUUCAUGCAAGUAGAGGAUGUUGAUAUUGAUGAAGUCCAGUGCAUUUUAGCUAACCUUAUAUACAUGGGUCACAUUAAAGGCUACAUAUCCCACCAGCAUCAGAAGCUUGUGGUCAGUAAGCAGAACCCAUUUCCUCCACUGUCAACGGUGUGUUGAGUGUUGCAUCUUAUCCAUGCAAGUGCUUCCCAGGUACUUGGCUUGUCCAGUGGAACUGCUCCUAAUCACCCCGAGGACACUGUAAAUUGCCUGGUUCAUGUCCAGAACUGGAAUACCAGGAACUGUUUGUGGCUCCUUUCCCAGAAGGACCAAGACUGCCAGUGUUACAAAGUGCGUUGGAAUGAAAUGCUGACUUUUAAAUAAUAAUUUCCACAGGCUUUCUAGAUAAUUCCAAGUAUUUCAUGAAGAAAUAAAGCAAAGCAUUCCAAAUUACUCACAAAUUACUUAAAAGUUUUUAUAAAGUACUUUGUGUUACUAUUUUUGCAUUUAUCUUUCAGAGAGAAGUGUCAGCCUUUGUUACUCGUGUUAAUCCAUUCUUCAGAAUGGAAAUAAUGUUUUCUUACAUGGUUUCCAUUUUUUUUAAGUCUCUUCGAUAAUCUUGCUGGUAUUAAAUAUUCUCUUCAAGCUUUCUCUAAAAACUAGAGAAGUGCUUGACACCAAAAGCUUUACUGUGUCAGUAAUACUUACAGGUUCAAGAAAAUGUGGGCAAUUUGUCUGUAGGUGCCCACAGAUGGGUUUGGUUUUUUUUUUUAGUUCUGGUGAUAUUUGUUUUAUUUCUAUAAUGGUGAACAAAAGAUGAUGUAGCUAACUUACCCAUAGUCUGUUUUAUUUUGCUUCUGGGGAAAACACUACCACUGGAUCCAGUAUUUUUAGUGUUAUUACCUUGUUUGGGAUUGGUACAAUGUAAUUUUGUCCAAACUGAUGAGAUGGUAGUUUGGGGGUUUUAAAAUUAUUUUAAAAGGAAAUUAAACUUUUUCUUUUCCUAUCUUUUACA